UGUCCUAGGAGGCUGUAUUACCCUUGACCCUCUGUCUGGACAGUGAUAAUUGGCCCUGUGCUGAUCACAUGCACUCUCCCAACAAAAAAAAACUCUCUAGCAAUACACAUCAAACUGAGCAUGUGCAGCUUGCACCCACGGCUCUGUUAUUUCAGGAGAUGGAUUGGAGAGAAGAAGACAGGAUCAGCCUUUUUACACAAUGCAGAGGAUUAAAUCCUUAGGUUCCACAGUGAGUAUAAAAAAGCAUGUUUUACUGCAUAUACAGACUGAUUUUACUGUUGUAGGUUUAG